AUGAAUAAUUUAAAAUAUGUAAAUUUAAUAACACUAUUCAUAGCUGAUUGAUGAGCUAAAAAUGAAUGAAUCAAACAGUUUAUUAAUAUCAAAAUAAGAAACACUAAUUGAAAAAUUAUGUUAGUAAGAACUAAUCAAGGAAAUAGUUUCAAUCUAUCAACAUAAAAAUAAAGAAUUUGAGUUGAAGGAAAUUCAUAUAUAUGAUAAUGCAAUUGUCAUUUAGAAUUUAUAUUUUGAAUUGAGUAAAUGUUAUCAUGAAAUCAAAUUUACAAAAACUAAAAAUAAUGAUGGACUUUAUGUGAUCAUCUUGUAUAAUGUUUAAGGAAAAGAAUUUAUAAUUGCGAACAAUGAAUAAUAAAUGAAACGAAUUUAAGUUCUAUUGAAAAGAUUUUGUAUAAAUAAGAACUUUUUUGGAAAAUAUCAAUUAUUAUAAAGAAAUUGCCUUCCCAUAUCUUAAGCUAUCAAAGUAUUUAUAGAUUAUUAUAUUAGAAUAAUAGUGAGGAACAUUGCACUUAAGUUUAUGAAAAAAAACUAUUAAAAGAUCCUAAAGAAUUCCAAAUAUUUCACAAUUCCAUUACAAUAAUGCAUACUUUAAAAUAUAAACCUGGAUCUCCAAAACUCUAUGAAGACAAUUAAAAGUACUAUAUUCUUGGGGAAAAGAUGAAGCUUUAAUCCUUAGAGAAUUUAUUACUGAAUGGAUUUGAUUUUCGAGAAAUCCCUUUCGUAUCAAUCAUAUAUAUGAUCUUACAAAAUUUACAAAAGUAUUAAUAAAGAAACAUUUAUCAUGGAAAUAUAAAUCUAUCAUCUGUUUUUAUUAAUAUUGAAAAUGAAACAUUAGAGGUUAUAAUACUGUUUCCCAGAUAUGUAGAAAAUAGUAAUUAUACAAUUGAAAACGAUCUUUAUAAUUUGGGAAUAUUAAUAUAUCAAAUUACGUUUUAUACAACUAGUAACAGAAUUAAAUAAUAUGUUGAUUUGGAUCUAAUCAAUAGAAUUCAUAAUUAAAUGGCUGAUCAAAGCUUUAAAUAAAACUAAUAUCUAUUUUUAUAUAGAGUUAGUUAAUUAGAUCUAUUAAAAUAAUUAUUAUCGCCAAAUAUUACUUUGAAAAGAGCUAUCAAACAUCAAUGGUUUGUUACUAUUCAAUAAAAUAUUAGACAUCAAUAAAUUCAUAAAUAGUUAAAUCCAAUCUUUUUACCCACUAUUGUAGAGAUUAGCGACUCAUUGAUAAUUUCUUCUUCUCUAAAUGAAGGGAAAAUUGCUAAUUUCAAUCAUUAAUAAUCUAUAUAAGAUUAAGGUAUUUAUAUAUUAAUAUUAAUUAUAGAUCCAGAAGAAUAUUAACCAAUCAAAUGUUAGAUUAUUAAUACGAUAAGGAUGAUACCAUCUAAAAGGAAACAUGAUGAAGCAAGUCAAUAUCUCAUGAAAUCUAAAACUGUUCCUAAUUCAUAAGUAAAAAGAGCUUCUCUGCCUGAAAUUACAAAAUAAACCACUGUAAAAUGA